AUGGGUUCCGAACACACCUCCCUCCGCCAUGAAGACUACACGAUCGCCUGCAUCUGCCCCAUGGGCGUCGAACAAGCGCCCGUGGAAGCAGUUCUAGACGAAUUCCAUCCCGACCUGCCCACCAAACGGAACCAGAACAGCUACACGCUUGGCCGGAUCGGCGUUCACAACGUCGUCAUCGCAAUCCUACCCGGGAUUGGACUCAGCAGCGCCGCGGCCGUGGCGAUGCAGCUGCUGAACGAUUUCCCAGCCAUCCAGAUGAGCCUGCUGGUCGGGAUUGGAGGCGGGCUGCCUGACUUGGAACAUGGCGUGGACAUUCGACUCGGCGACGUGGUGGUGGGCAAGCCGUCCGGGAAAUUUGGAGGGGUAGUUGGAUUUGCGUGCUGCCAGGAUGUUGGGGGAAUACGGUUCGAACGUCUUGAUAGACUGCAGCGUCCUUCAGAUGUGUUGUUGGCUGCUGUGGCGAGGAUGGAGGCGCUGGAUCGCCGGGGGAAGGGCCGCAUACUAAAGCAUCUGACUGACAUGCUCGAAAAAUACCCCAAAAUGCGCCGAGGGAACUACAUCCACCAAGAGGCAGAGAACGACCAACUCUUCGAAGCGGAGUACGAACACCAUGGCGGGACGGACUGCAGAGACUGCGACCGGGCGCAGAUUGUGGCCCGGGAACCCCGCGUGGACUGCGCACCAGUCGUGCACUACGGGACGAUCGGGUCAUCGAACGUCGUGGUUAAGGACGGUCGAGUGCGGGAUCAGCUGAGGGACGAUCUCGACAUCCAGUGCGUGGAGAUGGAGGCCGCCGGGGUGCUGCAUGUGUCUCCCUGUCUGGUCGUCCGGGGGAUCUGUGACUAUGCGGACUCGCACAAGAACAAACGGUGGCAGCCCUAUGCGGCUGCCACAGCAGCCGCGUAUAUGAAGGAGUUGGUGUCUGUGAUUCCGGUCUCUGACACAAAGUCGGUGGAGACGGAAGAUGCUAAGGUUGAUGGCAGUCGGGAUCCAAGCGAUCUUGCGGACGGGAUUGUGGCGCGGGAUGUUGUAGGCCUCAGGCCGUUAUUCGUGGUGUGCCUGUUCGGCAUGUUGGGUGUAUCGCUUGCGCUUAAUGCAUAUCUUCUUUUAUCUUUGAGAUGAGGUUUGCUGUGCAUUGGAGAAAUAAACGAGGGCUGGUAGCUCAGUAUAUAUCGCAGAGCACGUGAGCCAAAUAUAACGGGUUUAGAUGACGAGAUAUGGAUAGUACAGCUUGGACUCAGUUGUGGACAGGC